UGUCAUUAUCAACAGAUAAACUUGUUGGAUACCAUAACUCUCAAAUCACUAGUAUACUUUAUAUAAAUAGAAUCAUAUAUAACUUGUUGGACAUGGGGAAGAAAUUUUCAAAAAUACUUGGCAACAAGGAAAUGAGAAUACUUAUGCUUGGCUUAGAUGCAGCUGGCAAAACAACUAUUUUAUAUAAAUUGAAAUUGGAUCAGUCAGUGACGACCAUACCGACAGUAGGAUUCAACGUUGAAACAGUGAAAUAUAAAAACACCAAGUUCAAUGUAUGGGAUGUUGGUGGUCAAGAUAAAAUCAGACCUUUGUGGAGGCAUUAUUAUACCGGGACACAGGGAUUAAUAUUUGUUGUCGACUGUGCUGAUUAUGAUAGAAUCGAUGAAGCGAAGCAAGAAUUACAUCGUAUUAUUAAUGACAGAGAAAUGAGAGACGCACUUAUUCUUAUCUUCGCUAAUAAACAAGAUCUUCCGGAUGCAAUGAAAACACAUGAAGUACAAGAAAAAUUGGGAUUAACACAAGUUAGACAGAAUUGGUAUGUUCCAUCAUGUGCAACAACUGGUGAUGGUCUUGAUGAAGGACUUCGUUGGCUGACAUGCAACCAUAAAUCUAAGUGAAGAAAGUUUUUUUUAAACCCGUGCUCUAUGUGCAAGCCUAGACUCUGAUAUAUAUCGACACGUCAUCAUCACGCCAAAUGCACAACACAAUUUCAUCGUCACAUCAUAUAAUUGUAUAGAAUCUGCAUAGGAUGUUAACAGGUUUAUUUUUCGACUAUUUUGCCUGAGUAAUUUGACCACAAUUUUCUUGGUGAUGAGAACUGUAAAACCGAUGAUAUCAUAUAACAUAGGAUAAUUGCCAUUUGUAUUAGACCAAUAACUGCAGUUUGAUUUGCCUGUGAUUAGUGUUUAGUGAAUUUCAAAUUAAUAUGUUUACAAAUGCAUUUUAUUGUACAUCUGGGCUGCAGAUGGUUAUUAAGAAGUAUGUGCAUCUCACCAGGGAGAAAUAAAAUACCGUAUAGUGAAUUCUAGUAGCAAUUCUUUAACUUUUUGAAUUAUCUUUAAUUAAUUUUACUCAUUAUCCUGGCAGUCAAUAAUUACAUCUAGAUUAUUAUUGCAAUAUAUUUAUUCUGCCUGGCUUGAUAUGCAUAUGAUAAAUAUACUCAAUCCUAAGGUAUUACAUAUUAGUUUUAGUGAUUUAUCAUAAGUAAGGCAGUAUAAGCUUCUGUGUAAUGAUUCUAAGAACACGAGUUGGCCACAUUGCACAAUUGUAGGUAUUUUGUUAAAAUGUUGAUUAUAUUUUUCAUGAGGGACUAUGUGUUUUAAAAUAAUUAAUAUUACAAAAUUUUUAUAGGUUGUUAUUUGCAAGACAUAAAAAAAGAUAAAACAGUUGGAAAUAUUUGGCCAUGACUGUUAACAUUCUUAUUUAAUGCGUUCUCAAAACAAUGUCCAACAGUUUUAGGAAAUUAAUUUCCUUUAGUGUAACCAAUUAGGCUAAAUAUAAUAAAUGGAUCUUAAGUAGCUUAUGCAAUAUCACAAUUAAACUGUGAAGAGGCCAUUCAUUUGAUCUUAAUGUUCUGCAUACAUCUCCAUGAUUAUGCACAUUUUACCUCUAGGAUUUUGAUGAUAUAUGGUUGAGCCAAAGCAUACUGUUGAUCAUAACUUAAUUUCAGAUGAACAAAUUAUUGAUUAAAUUUUAUAGGACAAUGAACAAUUUAAAACUUGUGUUGUAUUAAGAAAAUUUAAUUUAAUUUUUUUUUUAAAUUGGUCAACAUUUAUGUUUAUUAUGAGAGAUUCAUAAUGAUGUGUGUUGUCACAAUUAUAUCCAUGUUUUCAUAACUCAUCAGGUAUGUGCAAGCCAAUAUCUUUUCGUGCAUGACUCAUUCUUUUUAUGUGAUGAUUUAACACAUCUGCGUUAAUGUAUCACAGAGCUCCUUGAUCUGUUAUUAUUACAAUAGUGUGAAGUGAAGAUUGAACUGUGAGCUGUAGUCACUUCUCUUCCUCUGUGAAGGAGUUUAAAAAAAAACCUAAAUUUCGAACAAUACAUGAUUUUAAUUUAUUUGAAGUUAUUCAAUAUUAUACACCAGAUGAUAAAUUACCAAUUUAUUCUGAAUUGUCAUUUCUGCAUCUGCCAAAUGCCUAUGACAUUCCUAGUUGCUGCAAAAGUCAUAAAGAUAUAACAGAACCUUUGUAUACCGAGACCUGUUGUCUAUGAUAUAUAUACUUCACGAUUAUAUUCCUCAAAUGUGUUUCAGUUAUCAAAUGUUGAAUUGUAUCAAAUAUAUGCUGCUUUUGUGAUUUUUUAUGUCCUCAUUCUUAUUUGCAUGCUUUGUUUAUUACUUUCGCACAGCAUUUGAGUGUUGAAUUUUCUUUUCAUUGACGUCAUUUAGACAUUAGAGAUGUAUUAAAAUGCAUAAAUGCAGGGUACUAAGCUUGGAGAACCAUUCAGGUUUGUGCAUAUUCAAGAUGCUUAUGUGUAUUACAAUUUUUGUGUUCUUGUUGUUGGCAUUUUUACUUGCUAAUAUGCCUUUACAAUGUCAUUUUGUGUGUCACAUAACUUUCUCAAUUCAUUCGGUUUGUAUUAAUCUGAUGAUCAAUUACGUAUUUUAUGUCUGAUAACAAGCGUUAUUGAAAUUCUAGAACAUAGCUAGUUUUGAUGAACAUGUAUAUUAUUACCUAUGUAUGUUGUCCGAUACUUCUUGGACCAAUUUUUACUGCUAUAUACGUUAUUAUUCACAGUUGUUAAUAGCAAAUAAUUUAUUGCUUUGUUGUUUCCCAAAAAUGUGUUUGAAAAGCUAUUUUUCCUGAUGUGUUGUUUAAUUGUAUUGUGGCUGGCUUAAGAAAGUUCUUUAGUUCUAUCUCCUAUCAAACCAAUAUUUGCUGAAAAGUGUUGAAGUUUGUCAUUUUCUAUAGUUUGAAAGUAAAUUCACUAUGACUCAGAAUGUGAUGAUUUCGAUCGCAAAAUCAUGAAAUGCAAUUGCAAUGGAUUGUUAGUGCUAUGCGUCUGCAAACAUAAAAAAAACUAUAUUUUCCUAGACAACUAAAAUAAACGACUUGUUUUUGAAUAAGGUUUCGGAUACAAGCUUCCCUGUGUCACCUUCCCAGCAAUAGAACUUGCUUGAUUGUGUUUUCUUUCACUUGAUAACUAUAGUAAUAGGAAGGGGAAAAGCUCAAUUCAAGAGGUGUUAUGUCAUGGUUACCCUUUGAAUUAGAUCAAAUAGGUACUGAAAAGACCUGAUUUUUGACUAUCAGUUUCACAAUCAACGGUAAUGACGAGUUGAUUCAAGAAGUGUCAUGUCAUGGUUACCCUUUGAAUUAGAUCAUGACAUGGUCAAAUAUUUACGGAUAAGACCUGAUUUUCAACUAUCAGUUUCACGAUGAUCGUUAGUAGCAGAGCAUCAUCAGAAUGAAUAAAUAAAUAUAUUUUGUACCUAACCAAGUCUUUUUAAUCUUUAUCAAAUCCAAUGUUAUUGCAAUGCUAUGAACUACUACAACAGUGGAGUCAUUCAGAAGUGAUCAAACUCUAAAAGUGAAAUUCGACUUUCAUUUAUUUAACUUAUCGCCAAAUACAUGCAUUAGCGUUGUAUAAAGCCACAUUCCAUUCAACCAUUUUUGUCAUUAGCAAAAAAUUCUUGACUUUAAAGCAGGGGUUAAUUUAACAGAUUGUGAUUUUUUAGGGCCCAAUAUAUACGUCAGAACCAAUCUACUUUGUUGUGUUUUUAAUGCGUAUGUUUAGGCGAUUUUGAUGUAAAUUGCAGCGGUGUUUUCCAUGCUUUUUUUUCUUUAUUAUCAUUAUUUCCGUAUUAAAUGACAAUAAUUAUUUUCAGUUGUGUUUGUGGUUUACGUACUCAAACGAUAAUAGAAGUUUUUUUAACCUUGAA